AUGUUGCCGGGGCACAAAGUGAUUCUCCUCGGCGAGGGACGCGUGGGAAAGACGUCGUUGGUGUCACGCUUUGUGCAGGACACAUUUGAUGAGAACCAGAGCAGCACCAUCCAGGCAAGCAUGCACAUGAGUGCUGACGUGCCGUUGCUAGACGGCAGCGGUGCCACAGUGAACCUCAAUGUGUGGGACACAGCGGGGCAGGAACGGUUUCACGCACUCGGUCCCAUUUACUACCGCAACGCCGACGGGGCGCUGCUGGUGUACGAUAUCACGGACGCUGACACCCUCGAGAAGGUGCGGUUGUGGAUUCGAGAGCUUCGGGCUGUCGUGGGGAGCCGCAUUCAGCUCGUCAUCUGCGGCAACAAGUCGGAUCUAGAGGAGGACCGCGACAUUGCCAGGGAGACGGCGGUGGCGUUUGCGAAGGCGCAGGGUGCCUUGCACUUUGACACGAGUGCGAAAACCGGCGAUAAUGUGGCGGAGGCGUUUCAGGCUUUAGCGACGGCAAUAGCGACGGCGUCUGGAGGGCGUGGCAGUGGCAGUGGUGCCACGAGCGCAGGGACUGCGAAUAACCCCGGCAGCGUGACGGCAGCAGCAGACCGCCGUAGGCGACGUGGCCUUCUUCGAAUUGAGGAGUUGCAGGACGAGCCGGUGGACAGCAGAGGCCAGGCUCCCACAGCGGGGAGGGGCGACGCCAAUGCUUCGCCGGUGGUGCGUGGGGCCGCCGUCGCCCUUGCCAGUGCGGACUACACUUACACCGACACCCGCAGGGCGCGGGAGCAGGGGCCUGCGACGGUGAGUUUGCGUGCGGCGACAGCCCCCAUCACGGGGCAACCGUCUGGGUCGGGCGGGACGCGGGGCUGCUGCACCUGA